GACUGAUAGGGUUGUUCGUGAUAAUGGACGACACUGGCAAUCGUACCGCUAUCCGUAUUUUCCCGGACUAUCCUGUACGUGUUCUAACAGGAUGCAAGGGAUUGCUGGUGCAUUUAGAGCCCAUGCUUCUUCCAAAAACCAAAAACCUGCAACAAUAAAUAUCUCGCCGACCCAAAGUCACCAACACAGGCUCCAUUGUCGAUUAAGUAGUUCGGGCGGGAGAACUUCGAAAGCUGCUCACAUUAAAGCGUGCUACCGGAUCGGGUAAGCCCUGGUGGUGUUUGAACGGUCGGUGCGGUGUCGACGCACAGGUGUAGUCGUGUGGCGUUGCGCUUGCGGACGACGGGUGGCCAUUUCACGCUUUAUCAGGCUCGAACGAUCGAUUGUUUCUGCAUUCUAUCGGGUGCCUCCGUUCAGUGCUGAGGUGCCAUUCAGCGUGUCGGUCGGUUUGGUCGGUUUGCCCCUUACAUGAUACUGGUGCGUACUGUUCAAGUGCGCCGUUCACAUAUCCAGCCAGUGUGUGUGUGUGUGUUUGUGUGUUUGUGGUGCGUGUUUAGUGUACUUCCCUGUUCGGUUCUCAUCCGUCUCAUCUCGUGCAGUAGAUGAGGCAUUGCGCGCGCUUGCUAUUGUUUACGCACCUCAAACUUGAUCGGCAAAAGCCCAACGCGAUCGCAUCAACGCAUCUCCCAUCCAUGCGGAUGCAUAUCCGGAAGCAGCAUCAAACGAAGCUUCUCGCGGUGGUGAAAAUUGGAGCAAAUCUGUGACAGUUUGAACUUGAAUUCGAAAUGUGUUAAUAUCCGCGGUCGAGGGAAAGGGAAAAUUGUUUACGAAGAGCUAAAAAGAAAAUAUUUCAAAAGCUUUUUGUUUGUUCUAAAGUUAAGAAGCAAAAAGAUACCUAGUGCAACAAUGGGGUCUGAUAGUAAUAAUCCCAUGGCGGAGGGAAAACAGUCAGACGCUACAAAUGGUUCGGUGAAAGAUUUGGAGCAGAUGAAAACGUACGCUGGCGAAGGAAAACCUCCAAGCGGCUUCGGUGCACGCCAUGUCCAAACACUGUUGCUCUUCUUUGGCCUUACCGUGGCGUACGCGUUGCGCGUUAACCUUUCCGUCGCGAUCGUAGCGAUGGUCGAUGGGCACGCGGCCAACGAAGACUUCGAGGAGUUCGAUUGGGACGAGAAGACGAAAUCGGUCAUCCUAAGCAGCUUCUUCUGGGGUUACGUGGUAACGCAGAUACCUGCCGGCCAGCUGGCGCAACGUUGCGGGCCCAAGAUUCUGCUGCUACUGUCGAUCGGCAUCUGCUCGAUGCUUGCCGUGUUAACUCCAUUCUGUGCGCACGUCGGUGAUGCAAAGGCAGUGGUGGGCCUUCGGAUAGUGCAGGGUUUGAGUCAGGGAUUUAUUUUCCCCUCCACGCACACGAUGCUGUCCCGGUGGGCACCGGCAUCCGAACGUGGCCGGCUCGGCACCCUCAGCUACGCCGGCGCACAGUUCGGUACGGUGAUAAUGCUGGCGGUUAGUGGUGUUCUCGCUUCUUCGACCAUGGGAUGGCCGAGCAUAUUCUACAUAUCCGGUGCCGUUGGUAUGUUGUGGUCGGUAGCGUGGUUUUUCUACGGCAGCAACUCACCCGCCGAGUACCGUGGAAUUGCACCGGAAGAGCGUGAGUUUAUCGAGAGCUCGUUCGGGCCGCAGGAUCACAGUCGCCGUAUCGUUACGCCCUGGAUGGCCAUCCUCACGUCGGCACCGAUGAUUGCGCUUACGAUCGCUCACAGCUGCCACAACUGGGGCUUCUGGACGCUGCUAACCGAGAUGCCCACGUACAUGAAGGAGGUGCUGGAGAAGGAUAUCAAGAAGAACGCUCUGCUGUCCUCGCUGCCGUAUUUCGUGAUGUGGAUCCUAAGCUUUGUGUUCAGCCCACUGUCGGAUUUCCUUAUCAAUCGGCAGUACCUGUCACGUGUGGCUAGCCGCAAGCUGUUCAACACGAUCGGUCUGUGGGUGCCGAUGGUGGCGCUGCUAGGGCUAGCGUUUGUGCCAAAGGGUGGAUCCGAUCUGGCGAUCGUGCUGCUCACGCUAGCGGUCGGUAUCAAUUCCGCCACCUAUCUAGGCUUCCAGGUGAACCAUAUCGAUCUCUCGCCGAACCAUGCCGGCACGAUGAUGGGCAUCACGAACUGUGCCGCCAACAUAAUGUCCAUCAUUGCACCGCUCAUUGUGGGGCAGGUGAUAUCGGACGCGGUAAGUGAUGGUGGCGGACGCGUGCGUUUGUCAGGCUUUUUAUCGCUCAUAUCGCUCAAUAUAAUUUGCAGACUGAUCCGAUACAGUGGCGCCGAGUGUUUUACAUUGCCGCCGGUGUGUAUUUCUUCGGCAAUCUUACGUUCAUCAUCUUUGGCAAGGCUGACAUUCAGCCCUGGAAUGAACCAGAAUCACCAAUUCCUCGUACCGUCUCCAACGCUAAUGAAGCUCAACCUGCGCGGAACGCAAACAACACGGCUAGCAGCAACGAGAACCAUAGCGAUUAAAUCAAACGCUGAGGGCUUUUUCUAGUCCACUUACUACUACACUAGGGUACAACCAGAAUGAACCGCCCAAAAUCGAACUAUCACUUCGACCGAUCGAAACUACAUUACAGGAACAAUGGGAGUGAGAUAGAACGAGCUGGAGCAAAUUUCUUGUUAUAGUCAUAUCAUUUAGUAUUAUAAGCAAAUUUACGACAAAGAAUUUACAAUUACACUCCCGGGGACAGAAGCGGGAGCGUGAAAUCUUUCCGAACAACUACGCGAAAGUGUAGAAAAAAAGGCACACACACACACACAAGCGAGCGGGGUUGCCGUUGUUUGUUUGCUUAGCGGAAGUUGUAUCAUCGUAGAAAGAUUGGCUAUAUUUAUAAACCGUUAUGUUAAUAAUAAAAAAAGGAAAUACUACACAC